CCACGCGCAGCCCAGAUCGCGAGCUCCCUGACGCUUUCGGGGACCCUGCCCCACGCCCACCCUCCCUGCCGGCUCCACCUGCCGCUCCCCGGCAACGCCCGGAGACCCCCUAAUUGGCUGCGGGCGCUCCCCGGCUCCGCCCGUCGCCGCAGGGCACUCUGGAAACUGUAGUCCCGGCGCACCGCCCGCGGGGAGCCACCGGCUGGACUUUGGAGAGCUUGGGGAACCACUAAGCGAGUCGGUCCCGGAUCCGAGGGGCCAGCUGCACCGCGUAGCUCCCCAGAAUUUUAUGGGAGCACGAGGGACGGCCAUCAAGUUGAAAGUUUUCGAGCGUCCACUGAUCGUUGCCAGUGCCAAGAAGGUGACCACAUCAGUUCAUGGAAUUCGCUUCGCCCUGCCAGGCUGUCCUGAUCGUCCCCACUUUGCAGGCUGCCAGAGCCGCUGGCUGCAAGGGGCCAAGAUGAAACUGAAACAAGGGUCCUUCCUGUGGUACCUCUACCUGGACAAGAUAUACUGCCUGCUGUCCCUGCGGAACGUGAAGGCGCUGGUGGAGUACUUCUACCUGCUGGACGUGCACCGCAGAAACGCCUUGAACGAUGUGCUCUUCUUCCACUUCCUCUCCCACAUCACCAACUUGAAAUCGAGACAGAUCAAGAUGGUGUUCGACAUGCUGGACUGGAAUGCCAUGGGCGAGAUUGGCUUCGAGCAGUUCUACAUGUUGGUUUGCAUUCUGCUGUCACACCAGAACCAUCUGGAAGAACAGUUCAUGUACCGCCAUUCGCGGCCUGUGUUUGACCUGCUAGAUCUGGAUGGGGACCUGAAGAUCAGCCCCGACAACUUCUGCAUGUACAGAUUCCUCUUCAACAUCGAGAAACAGGAGCUCAAAGAACUCUUCCACGACUUUGACAUCACGGGUGACCAUCGUCUUAAUUACAAGGAAUUUAAGCUAUAUACAAUCUUCUCCACGGACAAAUCCCAGAAUAAAGGGAAGGAGAAAAAGAACUUGAAGUUGAAAUCCACGCUAAUGAAGAAAGUGUUCCAACAAGUUGGCAUGAGCCAUAAGAGUCUGUUGGAAAAAAAUGAGAUCCAGAAGUAGAGAAUAUCAUUAAAACGACAGUUGUCACAUGUCUAAGAAUAAAUAUGAGCAUUCACGCA